AUGAAUGACAUUCGCAAAAUUAAUGAGUUCCGGUGUCCUAGGCGAGACAAUGCCAUUGAUAUGAACGGAGACGGGCAGCUGAACAGUUGGUACAUAGAAACAGAUGAAGUGAGCGUGAUCGCCCGCGGCCGGGCAUGCGUCGGGACAGAACAGAACAGACACAGUGAAGUGAUGAAAAGCGUCGGGCGCAGCCACAUUCAACGGUGCGUGCGCGCGGCCGUCGCGCAAGCGAUGUAUGACCCAUGCUACUACUGGCCCCAGAAUCCUAUCCUGCUCUCGACCGGGACCGACAGCGUCAAGUGUCCCAACUCGAAGAUACAUUAA